AUGGGAUUAUACUUAACAAAAUAUUUAGACACUUAAAACGAAUAAUAUAAUAGUUUGGAAAAAUUUCUUAAAUCAAACUACUCAGGUCACUAAAAGCUGAAACUAGAAUUUGAGGAUUAAUCUGAUAAGGAUGCAUCCAAUUUAUCAAAAGCUUUAAGUUAAUGUAUUAACAUUGUAGAGUUAGACCUCUUGAUUGGAUUAAGAGAAUUAAUAGAAGAGACAGGUGUAUUAAACUUUUCAUCAUUACCUGUUUAUAAAAUAAACAAAGGCAGUUUCAAUAAAAUAGUCCAAGCCUUACAAAAUUGUAAAAAAAUGUAGACAUUAAGAAUAAAAAUUGAAUCAAUAUUUGAAUUAGAUAAUCCUGAAGAAAAAAUGACUGUUUUAGGCAAUAGUAUAAGAGUUUUUAAAAAUCUUUAAAAUUUGUCAAUUUUGCAUGAGUAUUAAGCUUAUUAUGAUUGGAAAUUAAGCAGCUAUUUCUCUGAUAAAUACGAUAAGUGA